AUGGAAAACAUCAGAAUUGUGCUGAGCGAAGACCUGCGGGGGGGAAGAGUGCACGCAGAGCUCCAGGCACUCCUAAAGGAGGAGGAGGAAAAGGACAAAAACGAAACGGAGUAUGGGAAAAUGCUCCAGGGGGGUGACUUCGAAGAGGGCCACUCCGAAACGGAUGGCGAGGGAAGGACACCCAUUUUGGAGAAGCACACCUGCCACAUUUAUACAAACUUUCCCUACAAGUCUCACUUCAUGAAAAAUCACGAAAGGAAGAACCAACAAGGUCCACCUGAAAGAUGCGUGGACGACGUAGACCUGAGUGGAUACAACCAAAUGGAGGAGACUCCCCCGCCGACUGACCUCCAACUAGCGUUAAUACUUGUUCUUAUCGAUGAGCCUUACAUCGAGGAGGAAAACCCGCUUCUACGGACCUCCAUUUUGAGCAAAAUAGAAAAGAUACAAAAAGCAUAUGACCACGUUAAGGUGAUUUGUCUCUUCAUAGGGGUGCGUGAGUAUAUAAACAGGACCAACUUCAAUAGGGAGGUAGGUGAAUCCUUCGAUAGGAGUAUCCCUGAGGGGGGAGGACCCAACCCUCAUGAUGGAGAACACGCCAAGAUAAACGAAAAAAUGCUCGAUAGACUCAUCACAACACUACUUGUUCGUUACCAAGUGGAUUCCAUCGAAAUGGAAAACGAAAAAUACCUGCACAAGUUUAUUUUCAAGUGCUGCCAGUAUUUGUACCUGUCCAAGGUGAGGAAGGUCAACUCAUAUUUUAAGGUGAAGCCUGCUGGGCUGAGUCAGGUGAAGCUUUCCCAGUUGAACGAGGAACGGUUGAACGAGGAACGGUUGAACGAGGAUAUAUUUAACCAGCACAGGUUGAGCCCGCCCCCCCCCGGGACGCUGCCCGAACGAAGACAUCUCUCCACGUGGGUCUCCCAGUUGAUGCAAAUCAACGGCCUGUCCGAAGAUGCCUCUAUAAACAUCGCCCAGGCUUUCAGCACCCCCUUCGACUUAAUUAUGCACUUCAAAAAAAAAGACGAUGAAGAGUGCUUAAGCGAUUUUAUCAUCAGUUCGUCCUACGGGGAUCGACGCCUGGGCAAAGCCCUCUCACGCAAAGUGUUCCGCGUGUUCUCCCCCGACGCGCAUCCGGACAACUAUGUUUCGUAG